CACAGAUAUUCGCUCCUUCGCUUUCGCCGACGGCAGGACACUAUUAUCUCUCUUGAUUGUCGCUUUCCGAGGGGGGGAGGCGACAAUGGCUGACUCGCUAAGGAGACUGGUGAACACUUCCACAUACAGCAUCCUGCAGGAUAAACUCGAGAGCUGGUACAAGGACUAUCAUCUUAUUUCAUGUGACCAGAACCUGAACCGGUGCUGUGAACUCUUGGAGCUGACAUCCAAAGUUCAAGGGCAGCUUUUUACAAUAUUAAAUUUAACUGCUAGAGAAGGGGGCCAUUAUGCUGGUGUAGAUACCCUCAAAUCACGUUUCUUACCAUGGCUGGGAUCUUGCUUUUCCAUAGCAUCUUCAGGAGUGACAAGUGACACAAGUUUCAGUCUUAUUCAGGAGUCUAAAGAGAAGGACAUGAAGAUUAGAGAGCUUUCUAUUUCCCAUGAGCAUGAAAUAAAAAAAAUGGAGACCCAACUAAAUUCAGCACAGAUGCAACUGGAUGCAGUUAAACAAGAAUUAGAUGAUGCACAAUUAGACCUUGAUGAGACAAGAAACAAGUCCGCAACAACUCUUCUUGCAACUGAAGAUGAAAUUAUUCAGCUGAAGGCAGACUUGAUGACAGCUCGAGAUGAGGCUCAAAUAUACAAAAGGAAAUUAGAUAUUCUUGAUGAUUAUGAAAGGCAAAUGAGAAUGCUUAAAGAUGAAAUAUCCAUUCUUACAACAGAAAAAUCACUACUUCAGGACAGGCUAAUUAGAAGCCGGUCAUCUAGCCCCCUCGGUCAUCGAAGUCGUUCUCCUAGUCCGCUACCAUAUAUCAGGAGCGAAUCUCCAUCUUGGACAAGGCUGUCUAACUCUACACGCCAGUCCCGGAUGAUAAGUCGAUUCAGUGACAUUUAUACUAUUGAGCGUCUGGAUGCCCAGACCCUACUAAAACGCUACAUUGAUGAUAUAGAGAUGGUGCAAAGGAUCAUUUUUAUUGCUACAGUGGAAUCUUUCCAUGCUGCUAAAAUGGCCUUCAGGCAAUUUAGGCUACGAGUAAGAAAGACGCUUUCUCCCACACAUACUGGACAAGAGUCCCUGGAUGACACUGUAAUGGACUAUAUUAUUCGCAACUUGGAUUUAUAUGAUGUCCAGUCAAGUGUUAAUGAUGUGAUCCGUGCAAUGAAUGUGAAUCCAAAGAUCUCAUUCCCACCAGAAGUCGACUUUAUCCUCAUUAGCAGUUUCAUCCGGGAGGUUUGUCGUUUGGCCUUUUCAAUGCAGACCCUGGAGCCUCCUUUGGACAUUGCUUUUACAACUGAUGGAGAGCUCUUCAGUGAUAACAAAUACCGACGCAGCUAUGACUCAGAGUAUACUGCUCCUCUGGUGGCGUACCAUGUGUGGCCAGCACUUAUGGAAGGAGAUUCUGUCAUUGUAAAGGGGGAGGCCGUCACAAAGAGGGGGGCUUUGCAGUGGUCACCAAGAAGGAGCAGAAGCCGAAGCCGUAGUACCAGCCCGGUGCGAUCACGGACCAGCAGCCCUUCUCGUGGACUGAGCUCCCUGAACCGCAGUGCCUCUCCUGGAAGGCUGUCUCCCAGCCGGCUUUAAUUCUGCUUCCCAGUGAUGAAUCCAUCAGAUUAGGGGAUCAGUUUUUCAAGUUUCUCAUAUUGUUUUUUUUUUUGUUUUUUUUUUUUCAUAUAAAAGUACCUCAUUGCAAAAUGUGAACAAAAUAGUUAUUGCAAUCUAAAAAGCAAACCUCCUUGUAUGUGUGCAUGUAACAUUUUUUUUAUAUAUUCGUUACAACUCCACACUGGCUGCUGAUGCCGUGCAAAUCCACUUCAGUAUGGCACAUCAAUGAAAAAACGAUGUAUGCAUUCAUCCAAACUACUUUUGGUGCUACUGUUUUAAAGCAAAUAGAACAAAAUUCAAAGGGCUACAGACAUUAUUGGGUAUUUUUACACUCAAACCUGAAUUGGUGAAGGCAGCUGGUGCUCAAUAUUCUUCAGAAAACAACAAUUGUUUUUGCAGUGUUAUUUUGAUUAUGUGAGAAGAAACAGUUGUGUGGCAAUGUGCAGUAUAUCUGCAUUAAUAUUUUGAAGAUUAACUCAGUUAUCGAACAGCAAAACGUGUCCUGCACAUUAGCACUUUUAGCAGUGAUUGACUCAGUUUGUUAACAUAAAUGACCUAUAAAAAUUAAUUUGGUGUUUUCUUUCUUAUACUAAGCUUCCUCUCCCUCCAUGUUACAAAUGAAAUCUCUGAACGUCGAAAAUCUGCAUGUUAGCCUUGCACAUGAAUUGAAGCCAUUCGUCUACUAUGAGACGCUUCCAGUUUUUAAUCCUGAUCUGUGAGUAAAAUGAACUUCUGGGUAAUACAGAUUAAUGUGAGGAGUUUCAUUGUUGGUAAAUGAUAACAAUACAUAUUAAUAUAAAAACAAACCUUGUGCAAUAACAUCACAUCAAGAUUCUCGUUUAAAGUUACUGAAAAUCUCUUCCAAUCAUUUUUAAACCUGCUUAAUCCAGAGUUACAGUUAUGAGCUGCUUAAAUAAAUAACUUUUCAAUUAAAAAAAGAAUCCAUUUUGAUAUUGUACAAGACACACAAAUUACAUGGAAUCUUUGGAAGUGUUUCAUAUACUGUACAAAACAUUCAAAUAUCUGAGCCAGUGCAAAAUACAUGACACACAAUUUAAGAUUAGGUAAAAGUGCAGUUGCUUACUUUUAUCAAUGCAUACAAAACAUAUUUUAAAUAUCUUUUUAACAAUAUACAUUGUACAGUACAUAUUUUAACAACAAGAAAGACGUCUUUUUCAUGGCUUGUUGGCAUGGAGCGAUACGUUGAUUUAGGAUAAAGUACCAAGUACAAAUUAAAGUCUUUCUGAGAGAAUGCGUGCUAAUAUUCUUAUCACGUUUGACAAAUGACGGUGUGUGGCAGCUGUUGGGAUAGAGGGGCACAAAUGUAUAGUGUGGCUUUUCACUAACAUGUCGUGCUAAGAGUGAAAUGAAUUAAAUUUUCUAUGAUCUGAAAAUAAUUUAGGCGCAUGUACUUCUUGCCACACUGUAUAGUUUUUUUCUUUAAUAAUGAGCAAGCAUUACAAUAAAUUUUUUUGAGAACAAUUGACAUUAUGCCAAAAAAUUAGAUGACAAUGAAAGAAUUUGAUCACCUGUGUGAAGUUUUAUUUACUGUCUGACUUUUUACUGUAUGGAUUUUUUUUCAAUAUCUUAACAAGUGUUGUGUGCCUUUUAUAAUUAACAUUUUACAAUAAAUUUUUCUCAAAACAA